AUGUCCUAUACACCAGAAGAGAAAGAGAAAGCACCUGUUGCGGAGAUCGAGCAUCUCGAGCAUGCAGGGCCUAUCCCUGGGCCAUCGACCCAUCAUCAUGCACACAAACAGAUGGUGAUGGUAGAUGAACGUCUGGCUGGUGCGCUCGCCGUUGACAAGCCAAAUCCUUGGGGAUCGGGAUAUCUGCAAUUGUAUCUAGCCAGCUUCAUCGUCUUCUUUUGUUCAACUAUGACCGGUUAUGAUGGCGCUUUGCUUUCGUCUAUCAAUGCCCUCCCUAAUUAUACUGCUUACUAUGGCCUUCCCGCAUCUGGCAACACGUCAACUGGUAUCGUCUUUGCAAUCUUCAAUGUGGGAUCAAUGGUCGGAUCCUUCAUGAUGUUCCUCGCCGAUUGGCUGGGUCGUCGGUGGGCGAUGGCCAUUGGUUGCGCGGGUGUUAUCGUUGGUACUUGCAUCACUUCUACUGCACGCACACUUCCUGUCUUCAUCGGCGGCCGCUUCCUUCUCUCUUUCUUUGGGACGAUCGCUUCGACUGCAGCACCGUGCUACAUGAUCGAGAUUUCUCCGUCUCUCUACUCGGGAACGGUCUCGGGCCUGUACAACACCCUAUUUUAUUUUGGUUCUAUUUUGGCAUCAACUUCUGUGUAUGGGGCGCAUGUACACAUGGGCGAUUCGACACAAACUGAUUGGCGGCUCCCACUCUGGCUGCAAAUGGCGUGCCCUGCCAUCGUCCUUGUCUUUAUCUGGUUCUGUCCCGAAUCUCCCCGCUGGCUGAUUGGAGUUGGACGUGAAGCAGAGGCACGCGCAAUGCUCGUCAAAUAUCAUGCAAACGGGGACGAGCACCAUCCGCUGGUACAACUCACCAUGAAGGAGAUGCGCGAAGCAUUGGUCCGUGAGGGUCCGCUGAAUUGGGCAAAGUUUUUCGAUUGGCGCCCGUUGUUCAACACACCUGGAAGAAGGUUCCGCAUGCUUGUCGGCAUUGCCUUUGCCUGGUUCGGGCAGUUCUCUGGGCAGAACAUUGCCGUUUACUAUCUUCCCAAGCUCUUACAGAACAUUGGCGUGACAGACACCACGAAGCAACUCGAAUAUAAUAUCAUCUACAACGUUCUUGGGUACGUUGUAUCCACCGUUGGGGCGCGAUUCCACGACAUCCUUGGUCGGAGGACUAUGUUCCUCAUCUCUUGCACGGGGAUGAUCAUCUCACUCUCAAUUGUUGCGGGCACUGCAGCGGACUUCCUCAACACAGGUAGUCAGACAGCGUCCAAGGCAUGCAUUGCCUUUGCGUAUGGACUCGGGUGCUCGUAUGCUUGGGCUUUCACUUCAAUGCAUCCUAUCUAUCCCGGAGAGGUGAUGAGCAACGACAUGCGUGCCAAGGGGAUGUGCCUAUGCGGUAUCGUCGCCGGAGCGGGAAGCUUUGUGAGUGUGUUCGCUGCCCCGACUGCGAUGAACAACAUACGCUACUGGUUCUACGCGUUCUUCGCAUUCUGGGACGUGUUCGAGUGGCUGUUUGCAGCUCACGGAGAAACAGAACUGGAAGAGAUCUUCAACUCACCAAACCCCGCGAAGGCGAGUGUGAACUUUGUCCGUAUCGAAGUGGGUGAUGCAGAGAAGGAGAAGCAGGAAACUGUGUAA